UUCAGAUUCUAAAGAAAACACAAAAGUGACGACAGCAGAGUGACGGGAUGCAUGCUGGGUGUUGGUGUGAAGCUGUUUUUAUUUCAGCCACAAACAGGAAACAUCAUCAGUGUUUUCAGAUCAGCAGCAGAGAAAAGUCUCUCAGUUCAGCUGCUGAUAGACGGACAGGAGAUGUUGGUUCUGGUUCUGGUUCUGGUCGUUCUUCAGUUUGAAGGAACCAGAGAAGAACGUAAUCUCUAUCACGGAGAAGGAGAAAAUGUUGUUUUACCUUGUGACAUUCAGUCAUUUUUAUCCUCAUGUUCCAACGUUGAGUGGCUUUACUACAGCGAUACAAGCUUAAGGUUUUCAUUGGAGGUUGAAAAUGGAAAAGUUGUUGAUGUUUCACCUCGAGCUUCCAGGUUAAAUAUGGACAGCAGCUGCUCUCUGAUCAUCAACAACAUCGAUCGCGUUGAUGUUGGACGCUACGCCUGUAGAUCUCGAUCUGAUCCCUCCUCUGAUGGCCAUGUGCUUUUGAAUGUUUUAUCCAUUUCUCCGUCUCCUCCAGAUGCUGUUUUAGCAAAAGAUGGAGAAAUAACAUUAGGGUGUUCUCUGUGGAGAUACAGCGGGUCGAAUUCUUGUCCAGAUAAAAGUCUCCGCUGGUUGGAUGAGACAGGAACUGAACUGACUGGUGAAGGUGAUGGAUACAUAUCAGGACAGACUGGCUGUGAUUCUCAUCUGACUGUGAAUCUUCAGAGCAGCAGAAGAUUCACCUGCCAGUUUGUUGAAGGAAACGAAGUGAAGGUAAAAGCUCACUACCAACAUGAAGCAGCUCCUGCCGAUAACACCACCAUCAUCAUCAUUGGAUCAGUGAUCGGCGUUCUGCUGCUGGUUGUUCUUGCUGCUGUUUUUACCAAACUCAGGAAAACCAGAAAUAGAGAAGAUCACAGAAUUUCAUCAGAUCAAGAUUCAGCCUGUGGAAAUCAUCACUAUGAUGAGCUGCAGUCCAACCUGACCUACGCUACUGUUAACCUUCCUGAAGCCUCUCAGAAGGUCAAACUGGGCAAAGACACUGUGACUUAUUCUACAGUCAGGACUAAAGAGAAGACGGAGGCAGACUGAUCGCAGCGACGUCUACAGCCAAAACACCGAGCCCGACACCGAACCCAACACCGAACCCAAAACACCGAACCCAAAACACCGAGCCCGACACCGAGCCCAACACCCAACCCGACACCGAGCCCGACACCGAAACCCAAAACACCGAACCCGCCACCGAAACCCGACACCAAACCCAAAACACCGAGCCCGACACCGAGCCCAACACCGAACCCAAAACACCGAGCCCGACACCGAAACCCGACACCAAACCCAAAACACCGAACCCGACACCGAAACCCGACACCAAACCCAAAACACCGAGCCCGACACCGAACCCAACACCGGAUCACCUUUCUAAACAAGAUUUUGUUAAAUAUUAUAUUGGGGAUUUAAUUUGUUGAGAACUAUUUAGUAAAACCUAUUUAGAUUAAGGCUAUAAUGUGUUAAUGUUGGAAAUA